AUUCUAGUUUUGGUAAGCAAACUUGACUCUGAAAAAAUGAGCAAAGAUUACUCAAAUACAUAGCAUAUUUUGAUGCACGUAAUUAGUGCAGAUCCCAUGCUCUCAACUGGUGAACUUGGCUCAAGAGGCAUGCCAGAUUCUCUAUGUAAUUUGCAUUUCUUUCUUCACACACCUGACUCUGUUUGAUCCUAUGGACACUUCUUUUUACCAAACUCUUACCUUUGACUGUAAACUAGGAACCGGUAUGCCGAGCAUAUGUUUGGCUAUUCUGCAUCAGAAGCGAUCGGCCAAGAUGCCGUUGAAUUGAUUGUUCAUCCUACUGACUUUGAUGCAGCAAAUAUCGUUAUCCAGAACAUAUUUAUGGGCAAGUGUUUUAGAGGAAAGUUUCCUGUUAAAAACAAGUCAGGAGAGAGGUUCUUUAUUGUUGUCAACAACACACCUUUAUAUGAUGACGAUGGUAGCUUGAUUGGCCUUAUAUGUCUCUCUCUUGAUGUACGGACAUUACAAGAGGUAUUUAGUCCUUCAGCCACAGGGCAAUCCUUUGAAAGUUCAGCAAAGCCCAAUUUUCAUGUUAACAACCGGCCUAAAAGUGGUUCGCAAAACAGAGGUUCUUUUGACUCGCAGCAACCUCUUCAAUCUACUAUCACCUCCAAGAUAACAACUUUUGCCACCAAGGUUACAAGUAAAGUUCGUUCUAGGGUAAGGACAGGACAGAAUUGCAACAUACAGUACGGUAGCGGCUGGGAGGACCAUGAUUCUGAACAUGAGGUCAGGGCUGAACUGACAUCAAGUGAAGCAAGUACCCCAAAUGGGGAUGUACGUCCUGGUGUGUUUGUUGCCGAAGAGAAAUCUCCUGGGAAAUCAAGCAAAACUAGUGAUGAUUCAGGAGAAGGAAAAGUAGGGUUUCACAAAAUGUUUAGUUCAAAGGCUGAGGGAUUACUGUCCAAGAAGGGGAUGUCGUGGCCUUGGAAAGGGCGUGAAACUGAUGGCGGUUCUGGAAAGAAUAACAUGACCUCAGCACCUUUGCAUGAUAAGCAAGAAAAUGACCGGAUUCAUCAGAGAGUUCCAGAGCCUAUCACAGUUCCAGAGUGUCAAGAUACUGAAUAUGCGCAGACAAGCAAAUAUGAGGUCUCAGGUUCCUGGUGGACUUUCAACAAUAAUAGUACAAGUAGUAUGAGCAGCACGAGUUCAAAUGGCAGUCCUAUCGAGAGAUUAGAUUACGAAGCAGACUGCUUGGAUUAUGAGAUUCUCUGGGAAGACCUAGUAAUUGGACAACAAAUAGGUCAAGGUUCUUGCGGAACAGUGUAUCAUGCUUUGUGGUAUGGUUCGGAUGUGGCAGUUAAAUUGUUCUCCGGGCAGGAAUAUUCAGAAGAAAUGAUAAAUACCUUCAGACAAGAGGUAUCAUUGAUGAAGAAACUGAGGCAUCCCAAUAUAAUACUUUUCAUGGGUGCAGUUGCAUCACAGCGGCGACUUUGCAUUGUUACCGAAUUUCUCCCACGAGGGAGUUUGUUUCGGUUGCUUCAAAAGAACAAUGGCAAGCUGGAUCCAAGACGGAGAGUUAACAUGGCUAUAGACAUCGCAAGGGGCAUGAAUUAUCUUCACAGUUCCAUCCCCACUGUUGUGCACCGUGAUUUAAAAUCGUCAAACAUGUUGGUUGAUAAGAACUGGACUGUAAAGGUUGCAGACUUUGGUCUUUCGCGUCUCAAACUCGAAACAUUUUUGACAACAAAAAGUGGAAAAGGAACACUUAGCUUCCAUAUCCAGCCACAGUGGAUGGCUCCAGAGGUUCUACGCAGUGAACCUUCAAACGAAAAGUCUGAUGUAUACAGCUUUGGAGUGGUCCUAUGGGAGAUUGCUACUCACAAGAUACCAUGGAAUACUCUCAAUCCAAUGCAGGUUAUCGGGGCUGUGGGUUUCAUGGAUCAAAGGCUGGAAAUUCCGAGCGACACCGACCCUGAGUGGGCAUCGAUCAUCGAGAGUUGUUGGGACAGUGACCCGCAAUGCCGCCCGUCGUUCCGGGAACUCCUGGAGAGGCUCCAGGAGCUGCAAAAGCAGUAUGCCGUGGAGGCUCAGACACACAGGAAAACUGGUGGGAAAGGUGCCGGAAAGAUGAGCGGGGAAGAUUGCUAGCUUUGUGUCCUGACGGUGAUGAUUGCAGCUACCAUUUUGAGGGUAAUCGGUUCAUCAGACGCGAGCUGAGGAGGAACGAUGGCGAGCUGGAAUACGCUGUGCAGUGUGUAGAGUACCAUGGAGACAAAGAGGUGGUGCAUGACUUCUGAAAUCGCAAGCUGAAGCUUUGGAAUGCAGUUUGUUUCAAGGCAGGGAGGGUAGAGCCGUAGGUGAGGUGAGAUGAGACUGGUGGCCGUUCGAGGAUCUUAACUCGUGAUGAUGGAUUGUACGUACUAUGCUAGUAGUAGUUCUCAGGAAGCGUGAAUCCCUGUUUUUUUUUGGGUAAAGCAAGCACUUUAUUAAGACUUAAUGCAGCAUCAAGUACAUAACAGAGGCUCAGAGCAGCCUGAACGGCAGCCGAGAUAGAAUUUAGUGGUACUCAGCAAGUAUGAAUCCCUGUUCUUUUGGGUAAAGCAAGCACUUU